AUGGCAUCGCCACGAUUAAUUUCAAAAUUUCAAAGUUUAUCUCCAGUACCAAAUUUAAGAAGAAACAUAAUUUAUAGGAAUUCAUUAACCCCUAGAAGUUUUAAAACAAAUAAUAAUUAUGUUAAAUCACCGGAAAAUAAAAAUAGAUUAUCGCCUUUCAAUGUUAAUACGCCUAACAGAAAAGAAAUUCUUCUAAAUGGUCUUCCUAAUAAACAACGAACUGUGUUAGGUAGUGGAGGAUUUGGUACGGUGUAUAAGGCAUUAUACAAAGGAAAUCAAGUAGCAGCAAAAAUAUUGAAGAAAUCAAAGAAUAGCGAUAAUACUAUCAAUUCGGAAAAGCAUGCUUACUUCUUGAGGCAUGCCAAUAUUGUUAAUAUUUUAAGCAUAGAAGAAGGAGCUGCUUUAUCGUUGAUAACAAUGGAAUUAUGUGGUAUUACAUUGCAAGAUCAAUUGGAAAAAAAAUGUUUAGACAGAAAAGAACGUAUUAACAUUUGGAGGGAUAUAGCUUGCGCGCUUCAAUUUUGUCAUAAUGCGGGUGUGGUUCACGCGGAUGUGAAACCAAAAAAUAUUUUAAUUGGAAAUUGUGGUCAGCCUAAACUUACAGACUUUGGGAGUUCCGUGUUAAUAAGCAAUCAGUUAUAUUUUUUUUUAAAGAUAAUGACAAGCACACCAGGUUAUGCAGCACCGGAAGUAUUAUGCGGAAUAAUUCCUAGUCCUGCGGCAGAUAUUUAUUCUUUAGGAAUUUUAGCUUGGCAAAUCCUUUCUAGAAAGAUACCAUUUGAAGGAUUGCACGUGCAUACUAUUAUCUAUUUAUCCGUAAAGGGAAAGAGACCUUCGGACGAAGAUCUCGACGAUGAAUUUCAAGGACAAUAUAAGUCAUUGUAUAAAGAAAUGUGGUCUCAAAAGAUGACUGCUCGACCAGUAGCGAGUAAAGUGAUCUAUAUGCUCGAUAUCCUAAUGAAUAAGUAG